AUGGCGUGUGUGGUACCAAGUUCAACGGGAAAAUUAGGAACGAGAUCGUGGUCGAUAACAAACGAAGAAAAUAAUAUUAAUAAUAAUAAUAGUAAUACUAUAACAAGUACGGAAACAAGUUGCACUUUGGAUUGUGGACCCGGGAAUUGUUUCGUUGAACCAUCACUCGAUGAAGACGUACGCAUUAUACUAGUUGCUGAGAGAAAUGGCAGCAGCAACGAGGAUGGAUCGAUGACUAUGGAUCUCGAGGGCAACAACGUAGCACUUAGGCAACAGAAGGAACCUAACUCCUUCAGGCAGAGGUGUCAAUGCCCUCUUGGUAGAGGUGCCGAUCGAUGUCAGCUUGAAGUCGAGGUGAGAUCACCUAGGUUUACGGGGUCAGGUUGGUUAGCUUUUCCUGCAUUAAGAGCAGCUUACAAGCACGUGCAAUUAGAGUUAGAAUUUCGUCCGGAAGCAUGGGACGGUGUAUUGCUACUUGCUGGUGAACGGGACGACCUGCAAGGUGAUUUUAUGGCACUCAUAUUGCAUCAUGGUUUCAUCGAAUUCAGGUUCGAUUGUGGAAGUGGUGCUGGUACCGUUAGAAGCACGCAAACGGUAAAACUCAACGAGUGGAACACUUUGAGCGUCUAUCGGCAUCGUUGGGAUGCCUGGAUACAGCUGAAUCAGGAAAAACGUGUGCAAGGAAGAUCAGAGGGCUUAUUUUCGAGGAUUACAUUCCGCGAGCCCUUAUUCGUUGGUGGACCAGGAAACACGAGCGGUUUGGAGAGGUUACCAGUUAGAACAGGAUUCAAAGGUUGCAUCCGACAUUUGGAAGCGAACGAGCACCGUUACCGUUUCCCCUUAGCACCCCAAGGGGAUGCAGCUAAUGGUUUCGACGUUGAGGAAUGCACGGCAGAUAGGUGCAGCAAAGUGCCAUGCGCCCAUGGUGGAAAAUGUCUGACAACCGGUGGUGAUACUGCAGUAUGUCUCUGUCCUCUUGGGUAUACCGGUGAUCUCUGUGAAACCAGAGUCGACCUUCAGGUACCAUCGUUUAAUGGGUCAUCCUAUUUACGUUAUCCAGGAUUAGGUGAUACUUCACUCUCCUGGCUAGAAUUAUCUGUGACCUUAAAGCCUACGGCUCCCGAUGGUGUAAUCAUUUACAAUGGGCACCAUAGCGAUGCUUCCGGUGAUUUCAUCGCUCUUUAUCUUUCCUCGGGAUACGUACACUUCACAUUUGAUUUAGGAACUGGUGCAGCUACUUUAAGGAGCGACAAUCCAAUUCGUUUAGGUGAAUGGCUGGAAAUCAAAGUAUCAAGAACAGGUCGUUUGGCAUCCCUCAACGUCGAGAACGAUCUAAUUCGAGAAAUCCUGGCACCGGGAGCUUUCACACAAUUAUUUUUACCGCUUAAUCUUUAUCUCGGUGGUGCACCAUCUCCCGAUCUUUACUCGCUCAAGCUUAAAACAACCAGCAGUUUCGUUGGAUGCAUUCAAAGCGUCAUUCUUAAUCGACGCGAGAUUGGUAUCUUGGCUGAGGCCUUGGGUGGUAUGAACGUUGGAAAUUGUGGUCACGCUUGCGAGGCCAGGCCUUGCGGAGAUGCUGAAUGUCGACCUCUGCGAGAUCGAUUUACAUGUCGAUGUCAUGCUGGUGUACCCCAUCCAUGCCCAAUUUUGGAUGAUUAUACGUUGUUAACGUCUGUGCGUGCUGGUACUAACGUCAACCUGCCACCACCAACGAUAUUUCUAAAUUCUGUACCUAGUUUUACAGGAAGUGAAAGUUAUCUUCAUUAUAAUGACGCUGAUACUAUGAAAAGGAUAAUAAGUUACAGAGUAGACAUUAAUAUGAGAUUCAGAGCAAGCAGCAGUAGUGGUUUAUUACUUUGGAGUGGCCGACAUUCGGAUCCUCAAGAACAAAAAGAUGAAAACGAUGAUUUCCUUGCACUGGGUUUGGACCAGGGUUAUCUAACAUUGGCAUAUAAUCUUGGCUCAGGUGAAGCCAUUUUAAAAUACAAUCUUACAAGGCUGGACGAUGAUUUGUGGCAUCGAGUUAGGGCCGUCAGAAACGAACAAUGGGCAUCUCUCGUAGUUGACAGUGGUACAGGUGUGUCAGCAUCUUCCCCAGGUCAAUUAAGACAAUUAAACACCGACACAGGUUUAUACGUUGGUGGUGCACCGGAUAUUAUUAAAACAACAGGUGGAAGGUAUACUAAAGGUAUCGUAGGGUGUAUCAGUGAUCUGAUAUUAGACUCAGAUUUAUCAGUACCAUUAUCAUCACCAGGACAAGCAACCAAUACGCAUUCGUGUAUUCCUUGAAAUAGAAUCCUACCGUUUAGAUUAAAAAUGAUUGGGCCUUUCGUAGAUUAUAUUUAAAGGCUAUGAAAAACAACAGAAAUUUUCAUUAACGGAAGAGACUUUUUUGCGAAGAUGAUUGUGCAAAAGAUAACGAUGACGAACAUUGAUCAUGACAUUACAAUGACCAUGAUCAAAAUUCAAAAGUCAUGGUCAAAGUAUUACGACGACCAUAAUAAUGGAACUCUCUCUUUUUAAUCUUUCUUUCUAUGGUUUUUAUUUUUAUUCCAAUCUUAGAGAGUUUACAAAAAGGUAAUUAAUAAUAUAAUAAUAUAUAUUUCGAACACGUCAAUAUAUUAAAUAAAUAAUGAAAAUAAAUGAACGUGGUGUGUUGUAAUACUUUGAGAAUUCGUCGAUCGUUUUUUUUUUUAUUGGUGUUUUUCAAUUUAUUUUAAUUUCUUUUUUUAAUCUAUGUGACAAACAUCUUAUUGGUCUAUGGUUUAUACCAAAUCAUAUACAUUUAUAUCAAAUUUCUUAUUUUUCCUUUGAAUUAUAUUCAUUCAAAAAUGACCACGUGUGUGCGGAUGAUAGGAGAACGGAUGAUGGACGAAGGAUGAUUAUUAAUAAACCAUAAACAUUCGAUUAAUUAUAUAUGGUACACGAGAUGUAAGAAAUUCGUGGGCCUAAAAAACAAUUCUUUUUCUUUUUUUUUAAUAUAAGGCAAAGGAAUAGAAAUAUUAUAUAUA